AAUAACAUUUUAGCUAAUGAUCUCUACCACUCUGAAGCAUGGCAAUUUUUCAUGUGUAUCGACAUGCUACUGUUGCUCUACAGGAAGUCAGGCCAUUAUAAAUGGUUUCAAACGAGAGCAGCAUUGCAUAUUUGUAGCUCACACUUCUGCAGGCAUGCCCAAGUGACAAGAGAAAACCCACACAGAGAACAAGAGUAACGCAGCUACACACACACACACACACUACAAAGAAUGUCAAAAAGACAAUGGUGAAACUAAGUCUCUCCUCCCCACCCCUCUCUCUCUCAUACACUCACACCUUCAGAGACUGACACCCAACAGGAAAUAAAACCAGAGAAAAUGUAAAUGAGCUUCACUGAAAAUCAGAGAUCAUUUAGUUCAGGCAACAGAGUGAAAAAAGAGACGAGAGAAGGAGGGGGGUCUAACUGGUGAGUGAAGAAGGAAGGUGAGAGAAAGUGGUGUUUGUGCGCCUGCAGCAGGAACAGCAGUCAGUGGAGGGAGUUUGUGUAUGUGUGUGAGUUUGCGCCAUGCCCCAGGAGUAAUGGACUCCCAGAACCGGGCUGCACUGGACAUCUCCACCCGGAACCCCCAGGAGGACUUUGAGAUUCUGCUCCGGGUCGGUGGAGGCACUUAUGGCGAGGUUUACAAGGCUCGGAACAAGCAGAACGGGGAGCUGGCAGCUAUCAAGGUCAUCAAGAUGGAGCCAGAGGAGGACUUCUCAGUAAUCCAGCAGGAGAUCGUCAUAGUGAAGAGCUGCAAGCACCGCAACAUUGUGGCCUACUAUGGCAGCUAUAUACAGGCCAACAAGCUGUCGAUCUGCAUGGAGUUCUGUGGAGGAGGCUCUCUUCAGGACGUUUACCAUGUGACCGGGCCUCUCUCUGAGCUUCAGAUUGCAUUUAUCUGCAGGGAGAUGUUUCAGGGUCUGGAUUAUUUACAUGGCCAGAAGAAGAUUCACAGAGACAUAAAGGGGGCCAACAUCCUCCUGAAUGACCAAGGAGAGGUGAAGCUAGCGGACUUUGGGAUUUCGGCACAGAUCACAGCUACUUUGGCACGGCGGAUGUCCUUCAUCGGGACUCCUUACUGGAUGGCGCCAGAGGUGGCUGCCGUGGAGAUAAAGGGAGGUUACAAUGAGCUGUGUGACGUGUGGUCUGUGGGAAUCACUGCCAUUGAGCUGGCUGAGCUGCAGCCUCCCCUAUUCGAUGUGCACCCACUACGGGUGCUGUUCCUCAUGUCCAAAAGUGGCUACCAGCCUCCUAAACUAAAGGAAAAGUCCAAAUGGUCCUCGAUUUUCUAUAACUUUGUCAAGACAAUGCUGAUCAGGAACACUAAGAAGAGACCCAGUGCCUCAAAGAUGCUAACACACCUGUUUCUGACCCAGCCGUGUCUGAGACAGGAUCUGAUCUUGGAUCUGCUGGAGAAGCUGCGUCACCCUGAGAAACUGAAGCCCUGCCUGCCGUCUGAGGAGGAGGACGUGGAGGUUGUGGUACCUGGCUCCUUGAGAAGGAUUCACUCCAUUAACAGACACAACCAGGCAGAGAGAACCAACUCUGACAUCAGCUUGGAGCAGCUCUACACCAAGAGACCAGUAAAGACAGCCCCACCAGAAGCAAUGGUACGACCUACAGUACAGUGUUCCACACUGGGAUCCACUGGCAGCGACAAGAGUCUAAUCAGGGACCAAUGCCUGGACUCGGAUGAUGACUACGAUGACGUGGACAUUCCCACCAUCUGCACCAGGAGCGAAAAAAUCCCACUAGAUGACAUCCCACCCCCACUCCCUCCUAAGCCCAAAGUUUAUACCAGUUCAGAGGAGUUUGUGACAGGGGAGGACGAACGUGGCCGGAUACUGCGCACCCUCUACGCCCCCUCGCCGCUCCUGCGGACAUCUAGUGGCACCCACACACGCCCUGUCCCUCGUCCACGGUCCCAGCGAAACGUCAACUCCGACCCUGUUUCCUUCCCAUUACACAUAACAGACAGAUCAGCGGGCCUCCAACCGCCUGAGCUGCCCCCCAAGAAAGACAGGAGAAGGAGACAGCCCCCCCAGGAUCCGGUUGAAUGUCCCAGCCCUGUGCUGAAGAAACCACCAGUGUACUUUAAGAAAGUAUUCCAUGGCUGUCCGUUGAAAGUGAAUAGUUCAACCAUGUGGGACCAUCCGACAACCAAAGACCACCACCUGAUCCUGGGAGCAGACGAGGGGAUCUACACCCUCAACCUGAACAGCUCAGAGGCCACCAUGGAGCUGCUCUAUCCAGGAAAGUGCAACUGGGUUUACACCAUUAGUAAUGUCCUCAUGUCAAUAUCAGGUAAGUCAUCCCAGCUCCAUUCUCACUUACUGAAGGAGUUGUAUGAGCAGGCCCGAAAGGAGCAGCGAAUGGUGGCCUUGCCAACCCACAGACUAUUGCCUAGGAAGUUUGCUGUCUCAUGUAAAAUACCGGACACCAAAGGCUGCAAGACCUGCUCAGUUGCCAGUAACGUGCAGCGGGGCUGUGUGUUCCUGUGCUGUGCCCUGGAGACCAGUGUGGUGCUCCUGCAGUGGUACGAGCCCAUGCAUAAGUUCAUGCUCAUCAAGCACUUUGACUUCCCCCUGCCCAGUCCCCUGCGUGUGUUUGAGAUGGUGGUGGCUCCACAGCAAGAGUACCCUCUAGUGUGUUUCGGGGUACACAGGGGCCCCAGUCCUGGGCAGCCCAUUCAACUGGACAACAUGAACCUCAACUCCAACACCUCUUGGUUCACCAACACUGGCUUAGAGAGCCGGUGUCCUGGCACAGUGCAGGUGAACCAGCUGGACUGUAACACCCUGCUGGUGCUCUUUGAGAAUUCAGUACACAUAGUGGGCCUGGAGGGGGCGCAGAGGAGCCACUGGACGCUUCAAGCUGAGACCACUUUCACUUUUGAUGUGGAAGCUGUAGUGUAUUUUGAGAACACUCUGCUGGCCAUGUGGCGUCAUGGCUGGCAGAGGAGAGGAGAGGGCCCAGACAUACUGCAGGAGAUCACAGACCCCAAGAAGACCUACCGUCUAGUGGGAUCAGACCGGAUAGUUGUCAUGGAGACGCGGCAGUGUGAGGACCAUUCGGGGCUCUGUAACCUGUACAUCCUGGAGAUUGCCGAGAACUAUGUCCCAGUACCUUGAGAACUCUAGAACAUGGAACCGAGCUCAAAGUAGCACCCCUGCGAACACUCCAAGCAGCAGCCAUGGCACUGUGUCAUUCAUGCCAAACAAUACUGUUUGCUGCUGGUUUAAAGGAGCACAGCCUGAAUUCAUCCCUCAUAAUAUGUGAGCAGCUUCAACUGCCAGCCCACACAGGCAGACUGUGCCCAGACACACAUGUGCAUUCAUUCCUCCACAAAUACCUAUUUAUCCUGUAACAGUACCACAGUACUUGCCCUCUACUGCAACUUGGUCUCAGAGCAUUUCAUAUUAUUCUGUAUGUAAAUCAGAGACACUCCAUUUAGUAUGAUAUGCUACGUUUUGUAAUGGUAUGUAUUCAUAUGUGAAUGUCCAUCACUCAUUUCGUAUGAUAUGUUAAAAAUUACAAUUCCUAUUAUGUUUUGAAUUUGCAAAAUGUACAAUAUGUAACAAAUUGGCAAAAGUACGAUAUGUUACGAAUUCUAGCUAGGUGGUUAACGUUAGCUAGACUAGGGGUUAGGGUUAAGUUUAAGAGUUAGGUUAAAGGGUUAGGGGAAGGGUUAGCUAAAAUUGUUACGGUUAGGAUUAUUGGAAGGGUUAGCUAACAUGCUAAAUAGUUGCAAAGUAGCUAGAAGGUAGUAAAUUAUUGAAAAAUUGCUAAUUAUCAUACUAAAUUCAGUGUUCCGGAAUUACAUUUACUAUGUUACGUCCAGUCUUUGAGACCAGGCUGUCUUUUUUUCAUCCACAGGCUCACACACAUAGGGGCCUACAUUUCCCAUCACAAUCAAUUCAAAUAAAUGGGGAACGUUACCCAAUAAAGAUCUU